UGUGUCGUUCCCAGGACAGAUAGCAUUCAGAAUGGUAUCAUCAAUAUCAAGCAAUCGGGGGCUGUGCUAAAGAUCGACUGUCAGGCUGGGUACGAGAUGAGGGGGUCAUCAGUGCUGUACUGCAAUGGUCGGCAAUGGAACGGAACUUUACCAACAUGUACAGCCGCGCAGCCGAGUAAUGGCUACCCCGCGUCCAUACGGGAUGGCACUCACUGCGGUAAUAGCAUACCUACAGUGAGCAAUGCGUACCUGCGAUAUGCAAACAAAAAGGACGCAGAGGGUAGACUGUUUUACGCUCUAGUUUACAGCUGUCACCGAGGCCAUACUUUGCGUCCAGCCAACUACGCCGUGUACUGCUCCGGUGGUAAUGUUGUCGGGACACUACCAAACUGUCUGGCUACUUGUGGCCAUAAUAAUGGAGGAUGCCGGCAUACCUGCAGGAAUGGACCCGACGGUGCAGUCUGCUCGUGUUGGGAUGGGUACCAACCAGCAAGUUCAGACGGCAAGACUUGCCGAGAUAUCAACGAAUGUUUAGCCAACAAUGGCAGAGGUCCAUGCCAGCACAUAUGCUAUAACAGCCCUGGAAGCUUCUCCUGCUAUUGUCACUCAGGAUUCACUUUGGCACAAGACAAAACCAGCUGUUUACGAAAUCAAGACCAAUGCAAAUGUGGUACACACGGCCGAUGCGUGCGAAAUUAUGGUACUAGGCCUACGUGCGUUUGUUAUGAUGGAUACCGCCAGAGUAGUGAUGGUCUACGUUGUGUUGAUCCAGAACCUCCAUGUGAUUGCGGGAGAGGCUCUACCAGAUGCGAAGAAAUCGAUGGAGUAAAGAGAUGUACCUGUGCUCGUGGGUACAGAGCCAGUUCUGAUGGAACUAGAUGUGAUGACAUCGAUGAGUGCUUGGAGAGCGAGGACGGCCUGGCUGACUGCCAGGAGGCGUGUCAGAAUACCUUGGGCUCAUACAGCUGUUACUGCCCCCAACAGUGGCUUCGUCUCGCUGCAGACCUGCGGUCUUGUGAAGAAAGGCCGUGUAAUUGCGGAUUGGGCUCAUCCAGCUGCUCCCAGCCCAACGGAACGAAGAUCUGCACCUGCGCAGACGGUUACAAGCUUGCCCUAAAUGGAGCUAGCUGUAUCGGUAGGUUGGUCUUGAAUGAUGUGCAAACAGAUUCAGAGAUGGGACUUUCUAAUGUCAUUAGCUACUUACCGGUAAGCAAGAAUAUGUCUUUAGCUUUGGGAUUUGCUUUUCUUCAAGAAAUUGUUUGGUUAAAAAAAGGGACGAAGAAAUCGUUUGAACUCCCGUGCAGCUGUGGACGGGGCUCAACUGCUUGCUCCUGGCCCAACGGCGUGAAGAUAUGCACUUGCGCUGACGGCUACGAACCAGCCCCACAUGGAGCCAGCUGUGUGGAUCGCAACGAAUGCCAAGAGUCUGCUCCCUGCGAAGGUCAAUGUUUUAAUACACAGGGUUCUUAUUACUGUAGAUGCACAGUGUCUGGCUACCGGCUCGCAGCAAACCGUCAUAGCUGUGAAGAUAUUGACGAAUGCCAGGAUUCAAGGUUAUAUAACUGCCAACACACUUGUGUUAAUAUCCCAGGCAGCUACCGAUGCGACUGUCCACCUGGAAACUUCCUAAUGCCUGAUGGGAGAUCAUGUCAAAAAUGCAGACCCAACUCAUAUCGCAGUGCCACCGCUAACGAGUGUCUGGAGUGCCCGGCGAAUUCCCAAACAUCCGGCCGAGGCGCUGCUUCCAUCUCAGAGUGCCGCUGUGUGCCGGGCUUCAGCGGAGAUCUCAGCCGUGAUGAGGUGUGCAAAGAUAUUGACGAAUGUGAGCAAGACAAUGGGGGCUGUAAGCACCACUGCAGUAACACACCAGGGAGUUUCUACUGCACAUGCCCAGAUGGCUUCAGGUUGAUAGACGAUGGGAAGACAUGCGAAGAUCAUGACGAAUGUUCACAGAGCAAUGGCGGGUGUCAACACACUUGUUCCAACACGGUGGGCGGUUUCACCUGUGGAUGUAACGAGGGCUAUACCGUAGACCCCUCUGAUUCGUACUUGUGUGUCGACGUGAACGAGUGCGAGAUGGGUACUCACGACUGCCCGCAGGACUGUGGCAACUUUCCAGGCGGGUUCCACUGUCGAUGCAACGACAAUUUCAUACUGGCGCGGGACGGCAAAACAUGCAACCCUGUAACUUGCAGCCCGAUCAUCUUGGCGGAGAACAUGAAAGUGUCACCGCGAGAACUGUGUCUGGGUAACCACGCGACCAACAUUAUCUCAGUUGAUACAACCUGUCGAUUCAGCUGCAAGAAUGGUUACGAGUUGCAAGGAGGCGAGGCGAGGACGUGCCUGAACACGGGACGUUGGGCGGGCGAGCUGGCAUCUUGUCACCCUGUGCGUUGCCCAGGACUGCAGCCCCCUUUGAACGGCUUGAUGAGUCCUCCACCGUGCAUGCAGGACGGUGGCAUCGAGUUCAGAGGCAUCUGCGCUUUCUCCUGCAACGAAGGCUACACGUUGGAAGGCUCCUCGUUCUUGACUUGCAGGGCAAGCGGACAGUGGUCUGGAGAUAAACCGACUUGCCAGGAGGUUACCGAGAUAACGUGCCCAAGAGACAUGUCUGUGGUGUUGGAGCAGGGUACUUCUCAUGCCGUACUCGACCUUCCGAAGCCGGUCCACACCUUAGACCUUCUGGAGGCCAACGUACCAAUAGUCGGUCAUCGCUUCCCGGCAGGCAACACCAGGGUGACGUACACCGCUCGGAGCAACUCCUCAGAAUCUUCGGCCUCGUGUUCGUUUAACGUUGGUGUGAUAGAUGAGGAAGCUCCAGUCUUUGAAUCCUGCCCGAAAUCGUUCACUGUGAAUACCGACGAACAGUACCCAACGAUCGAAUGGGAGACUCCGGUGGCUACCGAUAACGUCGCUGUAGAUAGUAACACCACUUGGAUCACGCCCGAAGGCCGUUUCACGUGGGGCACUUACACCGUUCUGACAGAGGUCCGCGACGCGGCUGGCAACUCCGCCUCCUGCAAGUUCAGCAUCUCCAUUCAAACCAUCGAAUGCGGUGAACCAAACGGGCCUCUGAACGGAGAGAGCGACUGCUCUGAUUGGAUGUUCGGCAAGAUCUGCGAGCCCAGAUGCAACCAAUCGCAUUACUUCUUUAAUGGACCUCCACAGGACGUUUACCUGUGCGGUUUCAAUGGAGUUUGGUCACCUUCGGCAGAGGUACCCGACUGUAGCCCCUACAGUUACUUGGGCAACAGGACAACUUGUCCAUCUGGGAGUGAGUUGAAGUCGUUUGAGGAGCUUCAGGAUCCUGUUUGCAUUGCCUGUCCUCGUGGUAUGUACUCGGUCGUGGUAGACUCUACCCCUUCUUGUCUGCCGUGCCCGACGGGGACAUUCCAAGACGGAUUCGGCCAGCUUUCCUGCGAGCCGUGUCCCCCUGGUGAAACCACUGCCUCAGAAGCCGCAAAGAGUCGCCUUGAUUGUUCCCAAAGGGAAGAAGUAACCGUGAAGACGACACAGGCAGCGAUAACGGAGAGUAAGCACACGGCACAACCAGCUGGCCCAGCCUCCGAUGAGGGUGCAAAUUAUGCCAAAGUUGUUCUACAUUGGCUUCUUAAACAAGAGGACUGCAGUUCAGUGAAAAUGCAGUCUCUCGUGGUCAUAUUUCUCUCGGCAAUUUCUUUGAUACUUUGCCCCUCAAUCGAGGCGCAGGUAUACCCAGAAUGUCCUCAGACUGCGACAGAUACUGAGCAAAACCGCCAGGAGAUCCGUGAGACUAGCAGGAAAUUCGUCCAAAUCCUGGAGCGAUACCAGAAUAAGCCGGCCGAGAUCGUCUUUGUCCUCGACUCCUCGGGCAGCGUGGGGGAGGGUGACUUCGGCUGCGAGGUGCAGUUUGUCCGGCACUUCUCUAAGCUGUUCAGCGUGUCACCGGAGACUUCGCGUGUGGCGGUGGUAACCUACUCGAGCUGCGACGAAAUCUACACCGACCUAGACUACAUCAACUCCCCGGUCGGCAAGAACAAAUGCACCCUCCUCGGCACCGAUCUACCAAAUGUUUUCUAUCGAGGCGGAGGAACGUGUACAUCAGACGCACUCCGCAGAGCCCACGACAUUCUGGCUGGUUCUCGGCCGUCGGCAGAUAAGAUUGUCUUUCUUCUGACUGACGGCAUGUCUAAUGAUGCUGAGGAUACGCUUAAGGCUGCCACUGAACUACGAAACAAGGCUACCAUCUUCUCCCUUGGAUUGGGUACCGGCGUCAACGUUGAUGAGCUGAACGGCGUCGCGACAUCUCCAAACAGCGACCACGUUUUCCUGUUGGCUCACCUGACCGAUAUUGAGAGCCUGGCUGAGAAAGUAAUUGGAGAUCAUAGAGAUAUGGCAUCGUGGGAUCGCGACGUGCCCUCUGACCUUUGCUGCUCGGGGAGUAACUGCUGUGAUUUACGAGCCACCUGCUCAUGCGCAACACAAACCGGAAGCUACGGAUGCGCUUGCCAUCCUGGAUACACAGGGGAGGGGAAGCAAAAUCAAUGUACAGCAUGUCCCCGUGGUACCUUCAAAUUACAGUACGGCAACCAGGCUUGCGCCAGCUGCCCCACUCUCUCCACAACAGCGGCAGAGGGCAGCACAUCCCUCGAUGAGUGCGAGUGUCUGCCAGGGCAUCGAGGCUCCCCAAGCUCGCAGGUGCCUUGCACGCCAAUUACAUGCCAACAACUGAGUUUCGCUGAGUCCUCCGGUGUUCUACUUGUCCCACCGAACUGUGGCAAUCUCUACGGUACCGAAUGCAGCAUGCAAUGCUUACCCAACUACAGACCACAGCCUGGUACCGCAGAUCAGUUGACGUGUUUAGCCAAUGGCCAGUGGUCUGAUACUCCUCUCCAGUGCAGUGAAAUUACUUGCGGGGCAUUGUCUGCCCCGACCAACGGUCAUCUGUCCUGCGACACAACAGACUGGCACAUUGGCACUGUCUGCAAUGUGACGUGUAGCGAAGGCUAUGAGCAAGAGGUCGACCUCCAGAGACGUUGUGAGCUCAACCUAGUUCAGCAGGUCGGAGAGUGGUCUGAUGAAGUUGGAACUUGCAAAGCCAAGACAUGCCCUGCCCUUCUCUCCAAACAACGAAUGAGAGUCCGACCAGCUUCAUGUGAAAAGAAAGCUCAGGAGUACACAUCUGAGUGCUACUAUGAAUGCAUUGAGGGAUUCAGGUUGGAAGGGGUGGGCCUUAAGACAUGUCAGGCCGAUGAGACAUGGUCGAAUUCAUCAGUGGAAAACAAGUGCAUUGAUGUUCAGCCGCCAGAAUUUACCUUCUGCCCGGUCAAUGUUUCGGUGGUAACCGACCGCAACAAGAACUUCGCCAAUGUCAGCUGGGACCAGCCGACCGCACGUGACAAUGCCGGGGAACCACGGGUCGAGGCAUCCGCAGCGACUUCUCAAGAGAGAUUCUACCUUGGUCAGACUACCGUCACAUACACAGCGCGUGAUGAUGUGGGACUAGUGACCAACUGCACUUUCAUUGUUACAGUUGAAGACCGAGAGGCACCGCGAGUCAUCUACUGUCCUGACAACAUUGAGGUCGAGAGCAGCGAAAGACAAACAAAUGUUGACUGGACAGUGCCCACCUUCAAGGACAACUCCGGGGAGCCAGUCAAAUUGACAUUCAACCGACCACCUGGGUCUUACUUUUCCUGGGGAGUAGCUGAGCCUAUCUGGUACAGAGCCGAGGAUGGAGCAGGCAACAGGGUGUUUUGUAAUUUCACCGUUUCAGUGAGACAGUAUCCGUGUCCCUACUUCCCUCCGCCACAGAACGGUGCAUUGGCCUGCGAAACUUGGUUAGGAGGUCAGUUCUGUCGAGUGGCUUGUAAUGAGAAUUUUGAUUUCAACCGGAAACCUGCAACAGAAUACUUCUGUGACAACGUGGCCCAGUGGGCACCGUCGCCACUCUCUUUGGACAAUCCCGCUGAAUUUAAAGUUCCUUGGCCAGAUUGUUCAGAAAUGAGAGAUCCUACGGCGGAGACAACACUUGGUGUCCAGUUCUAUGUUAGCGAUUGCCAGCUGGACGACGACGAUAGAACGCAGAUCGCUGCAGAUUUUGUGGCAAGGUUCCAGGAACUCAAUGAUGUCAUUCCCGGCUUUUGCCUGCCUGAUUCGGGUUGCUCAGUGGAGAAUGUCCAAGUGACAUGCGGUAUUAAAAACACCACUCAGGAAGGGGGUAGGCGUCGUAGGCAAGCCAACGAUGCUGUCUUGCAAAUAGAGUUCACUGUGGUCGUCGACACCAGCCAACAGCAGCCCCUGAACGAGUCAUCAGCAGCAGACCAGAGUGGCAGUUCCAUCCAGGCACUCGGUGACAUUGUGGAGGCAAUGGACACUGCUGUCUCUACGGGAUUACUUGAACUUCCCACGGAGGAUGGUAACGUGCUGUCCCCAGUGGGGCCGGUUGGCAUCCUGCGCCCAGUCACACUGUCAUGUCAUGAUGGAGAGGUCCUCCGGAAUCAGUCUUGCGUUGUGUGUCCAACGGGUACGUACCACGAUGUUCAAGGUGGUGUUUGCCAAGACUGUAGAGUUGGAUCUUACCAAAACAAAGAGGGCCAGAUGACUUGCCUCCAAUGUCUGUCUGGGUCCACAACCAGGCGCCCAGCCUCCAAGUAUCCAGAAGAUUGUAAAGCACGCUGUCCAAAGGGUACCUUCUCCUCCAGUGGCCUUGUUUCCUGCAUGGCAUGUCCACAGGGAACCUACCAGCCAAGAGCGGGCACCACAUCCUGCAAACCCUGCCCCCACGGCCUGACAACCUGGACUGAAGGUGCCAUAUCAGAGGAUGAGUGCUCAGGUGAAUGCCCAAUGGGCUCGUACUCUGGUACAGGCUACACACCCUGUUCCCCUUGCCCUAAGGGCACGUACCAAGAACUCAUUGCCCAGACAGCCUGCGUCCCCUGCCCAGAGGGACUAUACACCCACCACGAAGGAGCACAUGCGCUGGGCUACUGCCAAGAGAUCAACGAGUGCGAAUCUCAGCCCUGCAUGCAUGGGGCACUGUGCACCGAUCUGCCCCGGGGCUACCGGUGUGUCUGCCCGCCGGGCUUCACCGGUCCCAACUGCCAGUUGAACAUCAACGACUGCAACCACGAUCUGUGUCUGAACAAUGCGACCUGCGUGGAUCAGGUAGCAGGCUAUCGCUGCGAGUGUACAACAGGCUACGAGGGAGAGCACUGCCAAAUUGACGUGGAUGAGUGCCAGUCAAAUCCGUGCAGUAACAACGCUGUUUGCUUCGAUGGUCCAAACUCCUAUAGCUGCGAGUGUGCACCUGGAUUUACAGGGGAAUUUUGCGAAGUGAAUUUCUUUGACUGUGCGUCCGAUCCCUGCCAGAACGACGGGACAUGCGUAGAUCUGGCUCAGAAUUACACCUGCUGUUGUAAGCCAGGCUACAGGGGGCGCCACUGCGAGAUCCUGGUGGACCACUGCCUGUCAGAUCCCUGCUUGAAUGGUGGCACCUGCGAGGCCAGCUUCAACUCCAUGACCUGCCUGUGCUUGCCUGGAUACGCAGGAGAGAGAUGCGAACAGGAGUUGAACGAGUGCGAGUUACAGAACGUGGUUUGCCAACACGGAGGGAAAUGCAUAGACAUUGUCAAUGGCUUCCGUUGCAGUUGCACUCCUCGUUACUCUGGCGAGUACUGCGAAACAGCUCUAUCAGGCGACUUUGACCUCCUGUUCCCCACGGCCAGCACAUCAGAUUACGUGAUGCUGCAAGGUACCAUGCCAGGCCUCAAUGCUCUGACCCUGGCCUUCUGGAUGCGGACCACGGACACGGCGAACGCCGGUACUCCGCUGUCAUAUGCGACGCGUGAGGCCGACGGCACAGUGCAAGACAAUGCCUUCACUGUCACUGACUACAACAGCUUGGCUUUCAUCAUCAACGGGGAGUUCACGUACACGGAUGAGAAACUCAAUAUCGAUUCCAACUGGCGUCACGUUGCCAUCACUUGGGCCAGCUUAGACGGCCGCUGGGCCUUCUAUGUAGACGGGACUGUCAGACGGUCUGGUUACGACUUCAAGACUGGUUCCUUUAUACGGGGAUCGGGUGUGCUGGUCCUUGGACAGGAACAAGACAGCUACGGGGGUUCCUUCACCCAAACCCAGGCCUUUGUAGGGGAUUUAAGUCAGAUGAACAUGUGGGACUACGCCAUGACACCCGAUGAGAUAACAACAGUGUACUCGUCUUGCGCGGUGUCAGGUAACGUGCUUGGCUGGUCACAGGUUGCUUCCAGUAUCCAUGGUGAUGUCUCCCUCGUUAGGAGUUCGCAGCUUUGUCCAAAAAUAAAUAACUGUCAACCAUCAACAUGUCUGAACGGUGCCACGUGUACUGAUCUGAUUGGCUCCUACCAAUGCCACUGCGCUAUCGGUUACCAAGGCACAAGUUGCGAGCUCCUGAGCACUUCCUGCACCCCUCAAACAUGUCUUAAUGGCGGGAGUUGUCAUAGCAAUGGGUCCUUGUUGUUCUGCAUGUGUGCUCCAGGCUAUUCAGGAGAGAGAUGUGAGCAGCAGGACCUAUGCCCGUCAUCAGCCACAUGCUUGAAUGGUGGUGUCUGUGUUAAUGAUGGCUCUAUCCCAAAAUGCAAUUGUGCUCCUGGUUUUACUGGUCGUGUUUGUGAAUAUGACAUAAACGAAUGCGCAUCUGACAACGGCGGCUGCACGCACGACUGCCUCAACACGCUGGGUUCCUUCUACUGCAGUUGCUCCAGCGGCUUCGCGUUGCAGCCAGACGGCCGAUCGUGCUUCGAUGCUUCCUACUGCACACACGAAGGGAGGUUUCACCUGGCAAACGAUGUGUGGGAUUUCAAGUGUUCCACUUGUCGCUGUGUGCAAGGUGUCCCAGUGUGCCAAAUCAAGAUGUGCCCCGCACUCAAGUGCAGUAAGGAUGAGUACGAGUAUAAAGCGCCAGGAGCUUGCUGUCCACAGUGCCUGCCAGCCUCUAAGAACUGUACCAUCACGCGAGACGGCGGGCACAUCACCUACGACUUCAACCGGUACGAGCACCAUGGCAACUGCCGCUACGUGCUGAGCCAGGACUGCACGGGGAGCCAGUUCAGCGUGGAGGUGCAGUACGAGGCCACCAAGAAGAAGAUCAAGAAGUGGGCUGUGUGGCUGCGAUUGGAUUGUGUGGAGGUGGAGAUUGCCUAUGAUGGCUCAGUCAAGGUUACUGGUGUUCCGGUGGAACUGCCAUACCUCCAUGCCGAGCCAAUGAAUGUCAUGAUCGCUCAGACCAACUCGUCAGGUGUGGACGGCAUCGCUGGGAGCAGCAUCGAGAUCCAGACAGACCGCGGCGUGAUCGUCAGCUGGUCCCAGCUGGGCGCCAUACAGGUCACAGCGCCUGGCACGUACGCCGGCCAGCUCUGCGGCCUUUGUGGCAACAUGAACGGCAACCGGAAGGAUGACCGCACCACGAGGCAGUUCCUGCCGGCGCGCUCCGCCCGGGAGUUCACCCACAGCUGGAAGGUGGACGGCUACCGCUACUGCACCGUGCCCAAGGUCAGGAGUAAGAGCCGGCUGGCCUUUGGCGCCAUCUCCACCGACAGACUGGCGGCCUGUGCGGGGCUCAACUUCAAUUUCCUGAGGGACAUCAGGAAGAAGUGCAGCAUCUUCAGGCGCAGAUCAUUCCAGAUAUGUCACCCGGUGGUCAGCCCCACCAGAUACUUCGAAUGGUGCAUGCAGGAUUCCUGCAGCUGUAGCUCCAACGAACCCUGCCACUGUGAAGCUAUCACGGCCUACAUGUACGAAUGCCAGCGCAACAACGUCCCCAUCCAGUGGACCUCAAAUAACGCAUGCAGCAUCCGAUGCCCCGAGGGGAUGAUCUACGACCAUUGUGGCCCCGCCUGCCUCCCGACAUGCGAGGACCCCGAGCCCCGUGGGCCUGCCUGCCAGACUUCAUCCUGCACACCACGCUGUCAGUGCCCCGCAGGCACUGUACUCCACCAGGACAGCUGCAUCCUGCCCCGCUACUGCCCCGCUUUGUCCAAAGAACACUGAAGAAUGGCCACGAGGCCACCUGCUUCCACAUGAGUUGAAAAGAACUGCUCAUGCUUGAUAAUCAAGUAGCAUUGCCUUUUAAAUAAUUUUGUACAAAAUCCGACCGAAAAGUUGAUCAUUAAAAGCCUUCACUGACUUAUCGUUUUGCGUGUUAUUUAUGCAUAGCACUUUGUGACUUUCAUGUCUGAUUAUAUGCUGAGAUGGACUUUAAAAUUGGAUGGAAACCUUUCGUUUCUCAUACGUUGAUCUGAAUAAUUCACUUGGAGUGUAGCUAUAGUCAGUUUCUUCUCACCUUUACAAUACCACUGCCCAAGACAUACUGUGUCUAAUGAGUGGGCUUAGGGCUAGCUUUGCAUGAUCAACUCAUUUAUGCAUGAAAACUUUGGGGGUGGGGCAUCAACGACGGCAUAUUUGGGGAAGGGGGUGUAAGCAGUUGGGAUGAACUCUGGACGAGUUAGCUGUGUGUAUCUGUCAAUAUUUCAUUCGUCACUCUGGCAUUUUUGAAUAUUUUUAAGAAAACAACUUCCGUUUUGAAGGUUAUGUUCCAGCCAAAUAGUUUGCUUGGGGUUUUGUACAUUUUCAGAUUGGACUGAGAUACAGGUGCAAAGGAAGCACUUCUCAUAUCAGCAGACCAGAAGUCUAUGUUAUUUCAUUUUGUGUUCAUUUCCUUGCAGCAAAUUUGAAUGAAUAUUAAAACUGUAUAUGUACAGCCGUACACAAAAACAAGUACAAAGUGAAUUUAAAAAUUGAAGUGCUGAAGCUUUUAUAAAGAUGACUUUAAACAUGGAUGUACUUUAUGCAUCAGUUUAAAGUAAAGUAAGGCUCCUUUUUGCAGCUGUUUGUAUCUAAUGAAACCCGUAUGAAUCAGACAAGGUAUAUCUGUGCGUGAAAUUUACCAAGAAAUAUUGCUCACACAAAGAAAAUAAUAUCUGAAUCUUAAAGGUUUUUUUUCACUUUUUAUUAUAAUUUAUUUGUUUCUAUUAAAGACAUAUCAAAAUUAUAUGUGGACAUCACUAAUUUUUCCCGGCUGUGGUAUAUCAUGCUAUCGGAAAGCGACAUGUCCUCAAGAGUCGAAUUUUAGCAGGAAAAAUUUCGAAGCAGUUACUAAGAAUAGACAAUUUUUCAGACCAUUACCAUAGGGUUUGUCACAGGUUGUCAAGUAAUGUCUGUAUAUGGAAAUCUUUCCAAGAAAAAUUCUCCUUGUACAGACUGAAAUUGAAUAAAAA